UUUAAAUACAGGAUAGUGAUGAGAUAGCACACCAGGUUUAACAUCUAACACAUCAUUAGACCAAGCACUGAGGCUGUAGAUACUACAAUGUGAGGACACAAUAUAUAACUUCACGUUGUGCCUUAAUCCUUUAAUUUGCAUCUGUAUUAUUUCUUUGGCAUUUGAUAUUCUCUUGGAAAAGAAAGUGUCGGUGACAUAACUGGACCACUAAUACUACACUACAAUACCAGCAGUGACCUGCCUGUUUGAACAGGUGCCAGCUCUCACACUUUACAGACCGUCACAAGUUUUGCAUGAAGGAGGGGCCAGAGAAUUACACAGGUCACUGAUGAAACUGUGGGUCCGUGGAUCCAUAAAAGAUGGUCAGAGACUGAACAUCCUGCACUCCGGUGAUUGCUGAUUACACACAGGUUGUGGUGAUUAAAAAUGAAGACUAUGCAGGUUCUGUCCUUGACUCUGCUGUCUGUUCUUGCAGCCAGCGCUCAGAUCUUUAAGUUUGGCAAAUGUCCCAAACCUGACGUUCAGGCUAACUUUGAUGCAACCAGGUAUAUUGGGAAGUGGUAUGAGAUCCAGAAGCUCCCAACAACCUUCCAGAAAGGUGAGUGCGGCACUGCCACCUACAGCCUGAAGAGUCCUGGAGUCAUCGGUGUCCUCAACAGCGAGCUGCUGGAUGAUGGAACCAUUAACUCUAUCGUCGGCUCUGCCAAGGUUAAAAACCCAGCCGAGCCUGCCAAACUGGAGGUCUCCUUUGACUUAUCUCCGCCUGGUCCCUACUGGGUGCUCUCCACCGACUACGACGGUCACUCUCUGGUCUACGGCUGCACAGACUUCGGCCUGUUCCGCAUGGAGCUGUCCUGGAUCCUGAGCAGGGAGCCCACACUGUGCGAGGAGACCGUUGAGCACCUGCACAGCAUCCUGACCUCCGUCGGUGUCAAUGUGGACAAGAUGGUCCCCACCAACCAGGACACAGACUAUUGCAGUGCUAUGGUCCAGUAAAUGCAGGACUGCGAUGACACUGCAGUGUGUUUGUGUGUGUGUGUGUUGCCUCCUCUGUGUCUGUGCAAAAUCAAUGCAAAUAAACCUGUAGAAAGAA